AUGGCGACGGUCGUAGUGGAUAGUCCUCGUGCCUGGGGAACUGUUUUGGGUGGUUUCAUCGCAAACUUUCUGCUGGGUGGAUUGGGCAAGUCAUAUGGCAUCAUCAUGGAUGCCUUUCAGGAUGAAUUCGAGGCGCCCACUGCGAUAUUCACCCUAACGGGUGGCAUAAUCUACAUGCUUAUGUUUAUCCUUUCCCUCCCAAACCACUUUGUGGUGCAGCGCAUCGGUGAUCGAGCGGUUGUGAUGAUCGGUGGUAUCAGUGCCUGCAUCAGUCUCCUUGUCGCUUCUGUCGCACCCACCGUCACUGUCUGGGCCAUUGCCAUUGGCGGAGGUGUAGGUAAAUUAUCUUGUUUGCGAUGUCUUUUUCGUGGCACAGUUUACUGUCGGCCGCCAAACUCAGAAUACCAGGUUCCCGAAAGAACCUUGUGGCAAUGCGAUGCUGAAACGAAUGAACUUACUAAGCCAGGCCUUAAUCAUCAACGGCCCGCCUGGAGUUUCUCCUUCUCUUGUGUCUACUUUAACAUCUUCUCGGUGGUUGGCCGCUGCUUCCGCGAAAAGCUGGGCCUCGCCAACGGGUUGAGCGUGGCCGGUGUGUCGGUGGGUCAGAUGGCCUUUCCCAGUCUCGUCACCUUUGUGCUGCAGCGCUACGGGGUGCGCAUGGGCACCCUCAUCAUGUCGGCCUUCUCAUUGCAUCUUUGCGUCACCGCGGCUCUCAUGCCACGCCAUGUGGUGGACGCCGUCUCCGAGGCAGAUAUUGCUCCCAGCUCGUCCUCAAUCUCCCGACGUAUGGAGGAAGAACAGGAGGAACCCUAUUCUAGUGUUAUCCCCAGUCCUCUGGGAGGUAGUGCUGAUGACAUUGAAACAAAGGAGAUUGAUUCCAUGCUGCAGCAUAGAGACGACGCCUCAGUAACGUAUUCUCAUUCCCCGGUGAGGGGACACAAAGGAGCCAGACUGGCGACGGCUCUCCUUAUAAUCUACGUCAUCGGCAAGGUGUUUGCGGAUAAUGGUGAUGUGGGAAUAUCCUUCAUUGCUCCUCCAUACGGUUCCCAAAUUGGCUUCUCUGCUCACACGACUAACUUGGCAAUAGCAGUCGCGGGGGUAGUGGAUCUCUUUUCAAGACUCUCUUUUGGCUGGCUGACCGAUAAACCGAUGUGCAAGGGUCGUAGAGGUACCUUCCUUGCAGCAACCUGGCUCGUUGAGUCUGCGGUGGCCAUCGCUUUUGGACAGAUUACCGGUAUUGGAUGGACCCCUAAGACCUUUUCUUCAUUCUCAAAUCAAGGAAGGCUCCUCAAGGGCUCCCCAACAAACGCACAGACGGCAGCGUACUACAUCUGCUUUGCACUGCAAGGCGUAUGUAGCGGGACCGCAAUGACGCAAAUGAUAAUUGUCCUCUCCGACUGGGUUGGCCCGGAACGCUUAGCUAAGUCUCUCGCCAUCAUGAUGGUCAAUCUUGGCCUACUGUACGUGCCUGCUCAGGCUGUCAUCGGCUACCUGAACGACUUGACUGGUUCGUACGUUUGGUCAAUGCGUUUAUGCGGCCUCUGGCUUCUUGUUGGUGGGCUUGUCUUUCUCUUGGAAUCACCCAUCCGUCGAUUACUUGGGGCCCUGGAUGAGGUACAUCAUCCCCAUCACCGUCAACAGCAUCAAGGACAUAAUGCCGGCAUGAGUCCUGCCAGAUCACCCUGGUGUCAGCACUUCAACGGUGACCAGAGUGCCACUGAAGUACCCGUCACUUCCUUAAUAACAUCCUCAUCGCCUCAGCUUUCAGUGGCACCGCCUAUAGCCAAGACAGGGCUCUCCGAUUCUACCAUCCCCUUUAUCUGUUCUCCGUUGGAGGAGGAGGGUGAAAUCCAAAGCUGA